GGCGCCAUAUUCAGAUGUGACUCCGAGUUGGCGGGAGGUGUGUUGUUGUUGUUGAUAUUUGGGAUAAAGUUAUUAAUUUCUUUUCGUUUUAAUUUGCAAGUUGUCGGGAAGUGAAAAACAUGUCGGAGUUCGGGGUGUAUGCUGUUUUUGGAGCAGACGAGCCGCCACAGCAGGUUGCAAAUCUUCAUGGACAGAGCGGCAGAUCUGCAGUAAAGCCAGGCGUCCAGCAAAUUGUACUCUUUACUAGAGGAAGAUGGGAAAAGUGCAGUAGUGUUUCAGUCGAGCUCAAUGAUGAGAGAGACAUGCUCAUCACCCUGAGCAAAUUAACACCAUUUAACAAAUGCGUUUCUUGGGAGUUAGGGCAAGAUGGUGUAUGGAGUGACGGCGCGACAUUGAACGUUAAUAUUGAGGGGAUUAAAAGUGAGUUGCUUGAUCCAGCACUUAGAGUUGCACAAAAGGAAUACACUCCAGAGUGCAAUAUCACAACUGUGGCACCUCGAGCAGGGCUGGGCAAGAGGAAACGGUCACGAGUACAGGAAGAAGACGGAGAGGACACAAGAGGACAAGAGAACGUUUGUCCAAACUCUUCAGAAAAAAUAACACUUCAGCGGCGCGGCAAGAGCAAUCCUCACAAAGGACAAACACGGCUGUUCCAACAAAAACAAGAGCAGAGCACCACCAGUACCCCUCCAAACCCUAAAGGGAAACAAACCAAAACCUCCAUGCAGGCUGCUUUAAUAGACAGUCCGUCAGGACGGUGGGGUCAAACUCUCUGUCCAAUUGACCCUCAGACAGCCAUACUUAUUGGAGGACAAGGUGCCAGAAUGCAGUUCUGCAAGGAUCCCAUUUGGAAGCUGUGUACAGAGGACUUGUCAUGGGUCCCUGCUGAAACACUGGCAGAAGGUCCCACACCAGAGGCUCGGAUUGGCCACACGGCGACUUAUGACCCCGAGUCAAAACGGAUCUUUGUGUUCGGUGGCUCCAAACAUAAGAAAUGGUUCAACGAUGUCCAUAUUUUAGAUACACAGAGCUGGCGUUGGACUAUGGUGGAGGCACAAGGUAAAGUUCCUCCUCUGGCCUAUCACAGCUGCACUCUGUUCAGAGGAGAGCUUUUUGUGUUUGGAGGCGUGUUCCCUCGUCCCCAUCCUGAGCCUGAUGGCUGCAGUGAUUCCCUCUAUAUUUUCAAUCCUGAAAUGGCCAUCUGGUAUCAGCCUAUUGUUAAUGGAGACAAGCCUGCUCCACGAUCUGGGCAUUCAGCUUGUGUGAUGCAGGGAAAGAUCUUUAUUUUUGGAGGCUGGGACACACCGGUCUGUUUCAAUGACUUGUUCGUGCUUGAUCUGUGCCUCAUGGAGUUUUCGGCUGUUCGGAUGAGUGGAUCGGCCCCCUCGCCAAGGAGCUGGCACAGCUGCGCUGUUCUGUCUGAGUCACGUUUCUUGGUCCAUGGCGGCUACAAUGGAAAUGAUGCUUUGAGUGACACAUUUAUAUUCAAUGCAGACACAAAUUGCUGGAUAUCUUUGGCAUGUAGUCAGCUGACCUCAACACCAAGAGCUGGACACUCCAUCAUCACCAUGGCAACAGCAUGUGUGAAGGGUUCCUCUGAUGAUCAAGAGCAGGUUUCUGAGUCUCAAACAUUGCUCAUGUUUGGAGGAGGGGACAAUGAAGGCAGCUUCUUCUCUGACUUGAUCACUGUGCCGGUGAAGGAGCUGUGUGAAUGAGUGCUUUGGUGAAGGGACUAUAUAUGAGUAAAUGGAUGCGAUGCCCCUGUCUUUAUGCUCAAAAGGUUUUGUUAUGUUUUUGUUUUAGAAGCUUCGUGAAGUCUGAAGUGAAAAUUAGCACUAGAACCUAUGCUAGCUUUGCAUUUAAAGGAAAAAAAGGGCUUCAACUCCUUUUUCUUUCACUUGUGUUGACUAAUUUCUUUGGAAAUGUUUUAAAGGUGUAUAUUAUCAUUUAAAAUGUCUAUACUAUACAAAGAAACUGUUGUUUUGGUAUGUGCUAUAUGCACUGCCCAG